AUGCGCGUUCGUAACUCCUUCCUUUCUCUGACUCUUGUGCUUUUCGCCGUUCGUGCCCUCUCCGCACCGAUCUUUAACGAUGAAUUUGCUGCGGCAUUACAGAGCAUUGGGAUCUCGCUAUUAAACCCUAUCCUGUCGGCUGUAAAAGCCAUUCUCUCGGGCCAGGGUCUAGUGCAAGGUGUGCUUGGUGUCGUUGAAGGCGCCCUUGGAACCGAAGCCACAUACGACUAUGUGGUGGUAGGAGGCGGCACGGCUGGCAACGCUAUCGGCUACAGACUUGCAGAAGCCGGCCACUCAGUCGCCAUCAUCGAAGCAGGUAUUUACUAUGAGAUUGCUAAGCCUGUCUUGGGGACGACACCCGCUGGCGACAUCAUUGGCAUCGGGUCGAGCAUUUAUGACACCGUCCCUACGGUUGACUGGGCAUUUCAGACGGAGCCCCAAGUAGGCGCUAACAACCGCAAAAUUCACUAUGCCCGAGGCAAGUGCUUAGGUGGCAGCUCGGCCCUGCAUUUUAUGAUCCAUCACAGAGGUAGCAAGGGCUCUUACGAUAUGUGGGCUUCAGAAGUUGGGGAUGACAGCUAUAAAUUUGACAACUUUCUACCCUAUUUUGAGAAGUCAACAAACUUUACGCCUCCUGAUACCACUAAACGCCGAUCAAAUGCGUCGACACAAUAUGACCCCGAUGUAUUCAGCUCACCCGGAGGCCCUGUGCAAGUCGGCUACACAAACUGGGUGUCAGCUUGGGCGACAUGGUUAGAAAAGGGCAUGCAAGCAAUUGGUAUGGAACGCACCACCGGUUUCAGCAGCGGAAACCUCUUAGGAUAUCACUACUCGCAGUCCACAGUGCGUAGCUCGGAUCAAACCCGCAGCUCCUCCGCGGAGUACAUAUACAAGGCCGUCAACGAGAACCUGGACAAACUCAAGGUCUAUACCCAGACCAUGGCCAAACGCAUCGUCAUUAACCAGAACAAUACCGCUACAGGGGUUGAGGUCAAGUCUCUGGGCGUAGGCUACACUAUUCACGCCUCAAAGGAAGUGAUCGUCUCCGCAGGUGCCUUCCAGUCUCCACAGCUUUUGAUGGUCUCAGGUAUUGGACCAGCUGUUACUCUCGCCGAGAACAACAUUCCUCUCCGAGUAAAUCUCCCGGGGGUUGGACAGAACAUGUGGGACCAUGUCAUGUUUGGACCCGCCUACGAGGUCAACUUUGACACUCUCAACCGUGUUCUUCAUAACCCGGUGGUGCUCGCCCGCAGCCUCGUUGACUACAUCAACGAUGGUACAGGGCCCCUGUCCUCCAAUGUCGUUGAGUUCAUCGGUUGGGAAAAGCUGCCGCAGAAGUACCGCGACACUUGGUCUGCCAAUACCCAAGAAGCUUUGUCUCAAUUUCCUGAUGACUGGCCCGAGGUUGAACAUAUCAGUGGUAACGGCUACAUCGGCAACUUUCGCUUUCCAGCGCUACAACAACCGCUCAAUGGAAAACAGUACGCAACGAUCCUGGGUGCUAUGGUUGCCCCAGUCAGCCGGGGCAACGUAACGAUCAAGUCCUCCGACACUGCUGUUCUGCCGCUCGUCAAUCCAAAUUGGUUAUAUGCCAAGGCUGACCAGGAAGUUGCUAUUAGCUGGUGGCGUCGGAUGCGGGAGGUUUGGAAUACAGACGUGGUGCAAGAAAUUGUCAUUGGCGAGGAAUACUGGCCAGGCCUGGACAAGAUUACCGAUGAGGAAAUCUUGGCUGUAAUCCAGGAUAGUCUGAUGACUGUGUGGCACGCUGCCGGUACCUGCAAGAUGGGGAAGAGGAGCGACGAUAUGGCGGUUAUUGAUAACGAGGCCAAGGUUUUCGGUGUUCAGGGCUUGCGAGUUGUUGAUGCAUCCAGCUUUCCUAUUCUGCCUCCUGGCCACCCUCAGAGUACAGUUUACGCGCUGGCCGAGAAGAUUGCGGCAAGGAUCAUAGGUGAAGGAACUAUUUAA